AUGUCUCCCAUAAAAUCUGUUGUGCUCUGCACCUUGCUAUGGGCAUUUUCCGCUUUUGCCCUGGUUGCAAGAGAUCAAAAUGCAUACGAACAAUUUUCUCAAAGCCACACAGCUAUCAACAAGCGAGCAGACAGGGUUGAUUUGCGAAUUCUGCCUCUCGGAGCUUCUCUGACAUGGGGUCUUUACUCUGAAAGUAAAAAUGGAUAUCGCAAAUCUCUUCGUGAUGCAUUGCGAUUCGACGGAUGGGAGGUAGAUAUGGUGGGAAGCAUAUCCCACGGUACAAUGCUUGACAACAGCGUGGAGGCCAAAUCCGGAAACACGGUCGACCAAGUGAAAAAGGCCGUACAAAAUUCGUUAAAGUAUCGGCCCAACGUGGUGCUCAUCAAUGCCGGCACAAAUGAUUGUCGUUUGGAAGACGCACUCAUCCCAACAACUGGAGAACGGAUGAGGUCUUUGAUCAACACCCUAAUCCAGGCAGAUGGAAUGGAAGAAACGACUAUUGUUCUUUCUACUCUCAUCCCAUCCGAUAACACGAAAAUCAACCAAAACAAGCCUAGCAUCAACAAUCAGUACCGCGACCUGGCUGUUCAGAUGCGAAAAGAGGGGGUAUCUAUAGUGCUUGCUGAGAUGGACCCUGUGGAACCGGACCCUGGCCAUAACUGGAUCGAAUACCCUACCGACUUUUACCAUCCUGAUUUGGGCCGGGUUGAUGACACACACCCCAAUGACCAUGGAUACGCUAAGAUGGCAUAUGUGUGGCAGAAGGCCAUUGAGGAGGCCGAAAAGCUCGGCCUUUUGAAGCCGGCAAGUGAACUCGAUGAAAAUGUCUUGACCUGCACAAAGACGUAUGGUGAUGGUGAAUACGCCGGUGGUCUAACGCAACGUGGGAGUGGUGAGGAUGAUGGCAUUUACUACCAUUCAAGCGACUCAAAGGGAACAGUUCUUUCUGUGGUUAGUGAGUUUGACCAGAAUCAGUGGUUCUUUGCCAGACUAUUUCGACGUGAUCGGGAUGAUCUCCUUGGAUGGUUCGAGAAGAGCGACGGGUCUAUUGCCUAUGGCACUUGGAGAAACACCGGCAAAGACUCGGACAGGUUUGUCAAGAUUGCCGACACAUCUGUUGAUGACAACUGUGUCCAAGCGGGUGUCAACUUUAUCGAUAUCAACGGCGAUGGACUGGAUGAUUUUGUCUGCAUCGCAAAGGAUGGAACUGCUUAUGCCUCCGUGAACAAGGGCGAUGGCACGGAUUCCAAACCACCCACCUUCAAAUCCAUCGGAAAGAUCAAAACCAGCGAAGGCUCCCCCCAAGCGCGUGUCCGAUUGGCCGAUAUUGACGGCGAUGGCCGCGCCGACUAUUGUGUUCUCGCAGAUAACGGUGAUAUUACUUGCUGGCGCAACGGAUGGAUCAACGACGUUCCUAAAUACUGGCAGCCACUGGGAAAGCGCUUCUCCGGUAAAGACAUGGGUGACAUAACCGGCGUGCGAUUUGAAGAUAUCAACGGCGACGGACGAGACGACUGGCUCUGGCUCGAUGACAUCGGCAAGACCUAUACAUACACCAACUCACGCAGCUGCCAAAAGGGAAAGGAGGGCGAUGGUCUCAACGUUGCAUGGCGCCAGGGUUUCCAGAAAGGAGCUGACUCCGGUCCCACCCAUGCUGGAAUGACUGCUUUCGGUGACGACGGACUGCGCAAGCGGGUUCAUUUCGCUCGUAUCUUCGGGGAAGCCCAGGACUUUGGUCUUCUGGGCAGACAGGAUUAUGUCUUCAUGGAACACGUCAAAGAGGAUGGGAAGCACCGCUUCAACAUGCGGGUUUGGAAGAACACCGGCAGCGGCUCCACCAAAUUGCGCGCCGAUGGCAACGCUUACUGCAACAUGAUGGGCCAUGACAAUGGUAUGAUGGACUAUGUCUGGAUUUUGUCAAAGGGUUCCAUGCGAAUUUAUGAGAAUCAAGGCAUGACAUCUGUUGAAGAUGGCGGCCCUGACUUCUGGGGCAAAAAUUACCAAAUCUUUGACCCAAAUGAACAAAGCAUUGGCAAAAACCUGGAUCGCCGAGAUCUUCAUCUUGCCGACUGGGAUGGUGAUGGUGCUUGUGACAUUAUUUGGACUGAUCCCGACAACGACAAUCGUGUGAAAUUGUGGCGCAACCGCAUCAAGGAAACGGGAGACUUCAACUGGGAAUAUGAUUCCAACCCAGCACCCGAUCUUCACUGCUCUGAAAAACGCGGCUUGGGGCUCUUUGACCGUCCUGUUCACUUCGCAGAUGUCUCGGGUAACGGCAAGGCGGACUAUCUCUGCGUGGAGAAGGACGGUCGCUCUUCGGGAUACGUCCACCGUGACAGUAAAUGGGACCGCAUCGACCAAUUCAAGUUUUCCGAGGACCGAGAUCGUGCAAACCUCCAGUGGGCCGAUGUGAAUGGCGAUGGCAAGGCGGACAUGAUCUACACAAACAAGUUCAGCGGCAACGGCACCGUUUGGAUUAACCAGGGUGAGGAAAGUGGCGGUGGCUCCCAAUAUCAGUGGGAUAACAUCGGUGUCGUGUACCAAGGUGCCCAGGCCGGGUCGUGCACAUACUUCCCUGAUUUGAAUGGAGAUGGCCGGGCAGACAUGCAUGCCAUCAAGUAUUCCUUCAUCAACAGUGCUGAAACUUGGUUCAGUCCAUCAUGUAACAGGCACGGAGAUGACGGACCGCUGUCAGACCCAAAUCUUCCUGUGAUGCCUUCUUGA